AUGGAUGAUGAAGAGAGUGCAUUUCUCAAAUCUUUAAUGGAUUACGGAUUAGAUUACGAACCUACGUCAAUUAAAAAUGCUCUUAACUUUAUUGACUCGUUUGUUGAUAUGGGAAAAUAUCCACCUCAGACUAUUUUAACGAGAUGCUUGUUUUUGAGCAUGUUAGAUCAACAAUUUGUUAACAAAUUUGCGUUAAUUACAUCUAAAAUUUCUGUAAAAGGAUGGAUUUUCCAUGCUUUAGCAAAAAUUAUCUCUCAUAGAUUUGAAAUCUUGACAAAAUCAAUUAAAGAAGAUCAGCCUGUUUGGAACUUCUUAAUCCCAGAAUUAUAUAAUCAAGCAACAAACUUGAACUUUGAUCCGAAAAAGAGAUUUUGCGAACGUGAAGUUUCUUCUUUGAUUGAAGUUUUCCCUUUAUAUUGGCCUAUUAAUGAAACAUCAAAAAAUGAAGUUGAAAAACUCAUUAAAGCGUUUUCUGAUUUCGUUGUGGAAGCGAAAUCUCAAACAGCGUACAAAUUACUUUCAAUUCUUGCUUACAUCUUUCCAGUCGAAAUAUAUAAGUCAAUAUCCGAAAACAUCAUUUACUUAGAACAUUAUGCUAUCGUGCAAAUAUUGAGAGCAAAUGCAAAUAUUGAUUUAACAGAAUUUGCAAGAGAUACAGAUCCUAGAACACUGACAAUUAAAAUGCUUCAAUUCAAUCCGGCAGAAGCUAUCAGUAUUGCCAAAUCCAUUCCUGAAUGUCACGAUCUUGUCCAAUUAUUUGAACAUUAUCGCCCAUCUGAACAUUCUUUUGUUUGA